CGGAAGCUCAACAUAACCUCACUUUUAUUUGCAAAACGUAAACAAAGAGGGAAGUGUUCAGGAAAUUUGCAAAAAUGCCCCCAAAAAAGGAUGGCAAUAAAGGAAAACAGGGUGGAAAGGGUGGCGGAGGUGCAGGAGAUAGUGACAAGGGUCAGAAGGAGAAGAAAGGAGGUAAUUCUGUGAAGGUUAGGCACAUCCUGUGCGAGAAACAGAGUAAAAUUCUCGAGGCGAUGGAGAAAUUGAAGGCUGGACAGAAAUUUCCCGAAGUAGCUGCUGCCUACAGUGAAGAUAAGGCACGGCAAGGAGGUGAUUUGGGAUGGCAAAUACGAGGAGCAAUGGUUGGUCCAUUUCAGGAUGCUGCCUUUGCUCUUCCUGUGUCCACUGUAGCCAAUCCUGUGUACACAGAUCCUCCGAUUAAGACAAAAUUUGGAUACCACAUUAUAAUGGUUGAAGGGAAGAAAUAAAAUACUGCUUUUUAUAUUGAA